ACCUCGCGGUCGAUUCGUAGGUAAGGCUUUGUGUGUGCCCUCUGUUGCUGGCACCAAAGCGCUCUUCCCACUCUUCAAUCUCCACUCAUCUCUACCCUCCUCUGCCGUUUACCUGCGUUUACCUGCGCGCCUCCCCCCCCCAUGCCAGCCAGCCAGCAACCCUCAAUUCCCCAGCCACGUUAAGCACCCAGGCCGUAACAGCACUAACACGGACAGAGGAAGAUUUUAUAUUGUGAUCCUCGCCCUAAACACGCACGCAUGUGUAAGCACACACGGGCAGAUGCACGCACGCACGAGCCUAAUGAGUCUUUACCCGGUCCACUGAUUUCAAGGGGGAUGAAUUUCAGCACGGGUCUGUAGAGUUCGUUGGCACCAAGGCGGAGUGAUAUUCAGCGGCAGGGCCGCACACCCCCCCCCCCUCCCCAGUCGUGGUGGAUUUUUGGAGAGAUUGAGCGGGUGUUGUUGUGGAGUAGGGUGAGAUUUUCUUGGUCCUUUACUGGGCCUGGGUAAAAGUGGUGGUGAGGUUGGUGAUUGCAGGAACACAGACUUAAUAGAAAGCGAGACAGUUGUUUACUUUUCUGUCGUUAGUAUUCAAAACUAUUCAAAGAAAUGGAAUUGUUAAAUAUCGUGCGUUUAUGUUCCAGCUAAUUUAGCUUAUGUAUUGCCACGCGUAAAGAUAACACGUAUUUAUAUUUGUAUAUAUUUUUCUGUAGCACAACUUAUAUUUAAUUUGUUUUCAACUCAAAGGGACACAACCAUUCGCCCACACAUUCCACAAGAGCACAACAGAGGGACCGAGAGUGAGAGACCUGAGAAAGAGACGAGGGGGAGAUCGAGAGAGAGAGAGAGAUACACAGACCGAGAGAAUACGCAGGGAUAGAGACCCAGAGAGACGGGCGGACAAGCCGAGCGACACAGAGAGGCAGACUGAGAACUCUAGACCCAACAAGUCAGGAGCUCGGGCGCUCGCCAGGAGGGCCGAGUUUGCGUACGGCAGUGCGGCCGCCGGGGCCCUGCACGUGGCCAUGGCCGAGCGACUGGAAAGCGUGGACAUCGCCAUCGUGGGCCUCUACUUCGUGCUGGUGUUCGCGGUCGGCCUGUGGGCCAUGCGACGCUCCAACCGGGCCAGCGUGAGCGGCUACUUCCUGGCGGGGCGUGCCAUGUCCUGGCUGCCCGUGGGCGCGUCGCUCUUCGUCAGCAACAUCGGCAGCGAGCACUUCAUCGGCCUGGCGGGCUCGGGCGCGGCCAGCGGCCUCGCCGUCGCCGCCUGGGAGCUGAACGCCCUGCUGCUGCUGCAGCUCCUCAGCUGGGUCUUCUACCCCGUCUACCUGGCCACAGGCGUGUGCACCAUGCCCGGCUACCUGGCACGGCGCUUCGGCGGGCGGCGCCUACGCGUCUACCUGGUGGUGCUGUCGCUGCUGCUCUACGUGCUCACCAAGGUGUCGGUGGACCUGUACGCGGGCGCAGUCUUCAUCCAGCAGUCCCUCGGCUGGGACCUCUACGUGUCCAUCGUGUCGCUCAUCGGCGCCACGGCGCUGCUCACGAUGGCCGGGGGGCUCGCCGCUGUCAUCUACACCGACACGCUGCAGGCGGCGCUCAUGGUUGGCGGAGCCCUCACGCUCAUGGUGCUCGGCCUCGUCAAGGUGGGCGGCCUGCAGAAUGUGUGGAGCGGCUACAUGGAGGCCGUGCCCAACGUUACGGCCAUCCGCGCCGCCUAUAACCUGUCGGCGGGCCCCUUGUGCGAGGCGGCCAUCGCCCGGCCGCACGCCAACUCGCUGAAGGUGCUGCGGGGACCCUUCGACAGCGAGACGCCGUGGCCCGGCUUUCUGCUGGGCCAGACGCCGGCCUCCAUCUGGUACUGGUGUACGGACCAGGUGAUCGUGCAGCGCAUGCUGGCGGCCCGCGACCACUCCAACGCCAAGGGGGCGACGCUGCUCGCCGGCGCGCUCAAGAUCCUGCCCAUGUUCGCUAUCGUGGUGCCGGGCAUGAUCGCGCGCAUCCUCAUGCCCGACGAGCUGGCGUGCGUGUCGCCCGAGCACUGCACCGCUGUGUGUGGCAACCCGGCGGGCUGCUCCAACGUCGCGUACCCGCGCCUCGUGCUCGCCGUGAUGCCCACGGGCCUGCGGGGCCUCAUGAUGGCCGUGAUCGUGGCGGCGCUCAUGAGCGACCUGGACUCGAUCUUCAACAGUGCGAGCAGCAUCUUCACUCUGGACAUCUACCGGCACGCGCGCGGAGUGACGCGCGUCUCCUCGCGGGAGCUCAUGAUCGUCGGCCGCCUCUGGGUCGUGGUGAUGAUGGCGGUGAGCGUGGCGUGGGUGCCCGUGGUGGUGUCCAUGCAGGGCGGGCAGAUGUUCCUCUACAUCCAGGAGAUGGCCGGGUACCUGACGCCGCCCGUCGCCGCGAUAUUCCUGCUCGGCGUCUUUUGGAAGCGCUGUAACGAGAAGGGCGCCUUCUGCGGAGGCCUGGUGGGCUCCACGCUGGGCUUCGCGCGCCUGCUGCUCGCGUUCAUCUAUCCGCCGCCCGACUGCACGCAGCCCCACGACGACCGCCCGUUCAUCGUCCGGGACAUCCACUACAUGUACACGGCGGCUGCGCUCUUCUGGACCACUGUGGCGGUGGGCAUCGUCGCCAGCCUGCUGUCCGACCCACCGUCCAGGGAGUGCGUGGCCAACACGACCUUCUGGACGUACUCGGACCCGCCGGCCUCCUCCUCGCCCUCCUCCUCCGCCGACGACGACGACGACGACGACGGCGACGGCGACGGCAAGAAGCGGAAACGGGCGUUGGGCAACGGGGUCACUUGCGCCGAGACGCUCAAUCUCGUGCGAAAAGGGGGCGAGCGGGCGGCCGCUCCCACUUGCGCCUCGGCGGACGACCGCGGCGAUGACGGAAGCCGGCCGCCGGUCGUCGUCGUCGUCGUGACGGAGAACGGCCGCCACCAGUCGGCGCCGGCACCGACGCCGACGCCUGACGGCGCCGCCGAGACCCCCGGCCACGGCGGCGCCGCGGCGGUGGACGAGGAGUGGCCGCUCAGCGGCAAGCGGUCGCGGCGGGCCGGCGGCGCCCGUGACAGCUCGGGCCGCUGCGAGAAGGUGCGGAGGGGCCUCCUGAAGGCCGUCAACUGGCUGUGCGGCACGGGGAGGGACCCGGACGAGGCGGGCAGCGAAGGCGCGCCGGGGAAGCCCUCGAUGGGGCUGCUCGGCGAGGAUCUGGCGCAGAGGCUGCGGCUGCUGGAGGAGCGACCGGUGGACAAGGCCGUGCUCAACGUGGGCCUCUGCCUCAUCUGCUCGGUGGGGGUGUUCCUCUACGUCUACUUCUCGGUGUGACGAUGCCGCUGCCGGCGUCGUCGCGCGCUGACCGAAGGCCGACGAACCCCUCCCCCCCCCCCUCCCCCCGGCCCCCGUGCGUCCGCACGGAAGCCCGGGAUCCCCCCGCGCGCCGCUUCGUGUGAAAUCCGCCGGUCCCCGAGUCCUUCGCCCGCACCCCGAUCCAUCGCCCAGCCCGUCGCCACGUGGGACGCACGAUGAGCUCCUCCGUCGAAGAUGCUUGGGAGGCGCGGACGCGUCCCCACGUCGAGCGACACCGCUGGGGGGCGGUUGGGCUUGUUUGUUUUGAAUCCCUUGUGGCAGUUUCUUUUGUUUUCUGUUUUUGCACGACGUCCUUGGCGGGUUUCACCUGAUGACAGCGUUCUCUCAUUUUGACAACUCUGCCUGGGGGAAGCUCCCGUCGUGCUCUGGGGCUUUCGUCGCCCUGAGACUCUGCACUCGGCACCGAGUAUAAAUGCGUUUGUUGCGAAGUGUUUCGUCUAACUCGUUGAAUUUCGGCGCCUAAGGAUAUGUUGAAAUGCACUUAACGGGGGAUCGCGCGCGUCAAUUGGACCAAACUGUUCCAAACGCAGCGUUGUUUUAUUUGAUGCUUUAUUCUGGUGGAACAAGCGCUUCGGUGCAGUGGAGAGACUGGCCCUUGCCAUUGUAAUGUGGAAUUUUUCCCGCAUUGGUAGAUGGCCAAUGAUGAUUACCACCGCCCCCACCCCCUGCUUACUUGAGAAGGGAGCACUCUAACGUUUGGAAACAAUUACGCGCGAUAGGCAUCGCCAGGCACACCGUGUGCCUAGUGAUGUCCACGUAGGCGCGCGCCCACAGUGAGGGUAGGUGAUUCCUUCCGUUGGUCAAACUGCCGCAGGGCAAUAAUUGGCGCACAGGUGGCAGGAUUCUCCGCAGGUCUCUCCAAUGGCAUGCACUUCUGGGACCAAGCAACCACUGUUCCUGCCCCUUCGAGGCUAUAGAUUUUUACACUGCACCCUUAUAAACUACAAGUUAUUUUUUUUAUUUUAUCAGGUAAGGCCCACUGAGCUAUAUGGCUCUUUUUUUUUUUCAGAGGCGACCAGGCCACAAAUGAUAGCUCAACAAAGUGGCGCUUGUUCUGUGGAAAUUUAUA